AUGUGCCAUCGCUCUUUUACGCAGCCACGAGGGCCGCUGAGGAGAUACUACACUCCAUAUGAGGUGGCGAUGCACAAUACGCCCGAUGACCUCUGGGUAUCAUUUCUCGGUGGCGUGUACAACAUAACUGACCUUGUGGAGGACCAUCAAGGGACCCUAGCAGCGCCCCUCAUAGCAGCGGCAGGUCAAGACAUAUCCCACUGGUUUGACCCCGGCACGGGGGACCCCAAGCGCCAUGUGUGUCCCGAGACCCACCUGGAGCGGUACUACACACCGACGGGUCGCUUCAUCCACGUCCCCCCACCUGAGCCCAUGUCCAACUGGGACACCAGCUUCGGACAGCCCUGGUGGCGGAACUCCAAGAAGUACCAGAUCGGCUUCCUGUCCGCCCGCACUCGGGUGAUCCGGAUCCGGAAUGUGCUGACGGACCAGGAGGACCAAAUCGAGGUGCCGUGUGAGGAGAAGCUGGUGGAGAUCAGGGAGCGGUACCUGGAGCUAAACGCCCACGCCAAGAGCUACACGUGGAAGGCCCUCAUUCGGGACAAGGCAACCGGGGCACACGGCUUUCAGGAGCUGGAUUUGAACCUGACGCUGGAGGAGAACGGUAUGCCGAACGAGACCCCCACCUUCGAGGACCACCAUGUGCCCACCGACUACUACAUCCCCGUACUCCAUGUGUACUGGAAUGACGACCUCACAGUGGCGUGAGCCCCGACGACUACCACGACUCCACCACGACAACGGCAACAACUACACCGCCACCGCCAGAUAUUUGGCAGACUGUCCUCUUAUACCGGGGCAGCUGCAUGGACGGGAGGAAGAGAGGAAGGAGGAGCUAGGUAGCGGCGGAGGGAGGAGGCGCAGGCCACUAGGGAGGAUGGUAGGAUGGUGCUUAUAGGCGGUCUGGCAGCCCUUGAGCCCUCGGCUCGUAUUAGGGUGGUUUGCAGGUACGGGGAACGCACCCACGACCAUGUAACAACAACAAACAAACAAAACUAGGGGUGGGUCGGCAAAGACAUUACAAAGGAAAAAUUUCUGUC